CUCAACAAUCAAACAUGGCUUCCCUACUCGCCUAUGUAUCGCUAGCUACGCUACUCACGGGCAUGGCCACAGUCUUUUUCGCCUCUGCCGUCGACGGCGUCGGCACGCAGAAUGCCCCCAAACAUCUCCACUUCUACAUGCACGACGGCUACACUGGCCCCAAACCUACCUCCGUUCUAGUCGUAAACGGGACUGGCCAGCCGCUGAAGGGCUCCGGCGGAGGCGCCCGCUUCGGCGACACAGUGGUCAUGGACGACCGCCUUACCGAGGGCCCUACGCUGGCGUCGAGAGUCGUCGGACGCGCCCAGGGAUUCUCUGUAACGGCGUCCCAGGGCGAUCCCGCAAUGAUCCUCGCCAUGAACGUGCUGCUCACCGACGGGCCUUACAACGGGAGCUCGCUGACCGUGAUGGGCCGCAACGACAUCGCGAUGCCGGAGAGGGAGCUGACGGUGGUCGGCGGGACCGGAGCUUUCAGGAUGGCCACCGGGUACGUACUCUGGAAAACCGCGAGCUGGCGCGGGAGGAACGCCGUCCUCGAGCUGGAUGCCUACGUCUACGUCAGUCCCGCCGCCGCCCGUGCAUGAACGAACGAGCGAACGCAUUGUUAAUUUGCUGGGUUGUUGUUGUGGCUUCUGUUUUUAGUUUGCUGGGUUGGGAAUAACAUGUUCUCGUUGCGUUGCUUGAAGUCACCAUUGGUACGUGUGGACUUUGUGUACUUCACUGUGUUGAAUUGAAAUCUAUCUCGUCAGCUUCA